AUGACACGAGAACAGUAUAUACUGGCAACACAGCAGAAUAGCCUGCCAAGGAUUGAAAAUCCGCAACUUUAUCCAGUGGGAAUUUAUGGAUGGCGAAAGAGGUGCUUAUACUUCUUUGUCCUUCUGCUGUUGGUUACCAUGAUUGUUAACUUAGCAAUGACAAUAUGGAUUUUGAAGGUUAUGAAUUUCACAGUGGAUGGAAUGGGGAAUCUGAGAGUCACCAAAAAAGGAAUUCGACUUGAAGGCAUAUCUGAAUUUCUACUUCCAUUGUAUGUGAAAGAAAUACAUUCCCGAAAGGAUAGCCCACUGGUCUUACAGUCUGACAGGAACGUAACAGUGAAUGCAAGAAAUCACAUGGGACAAUUAACUGGACAACUGACUGUAGGAGCUGAUGCUGUGGAGGCCCAGUGUAAGAGAUUUGAAGUGAGGGCAAGUGAAGGUGAAAAGGUGCUGUUUUCUGCAGAUGAAGAUGAGAUCAUCAUUGGAGCUGACAGACUCAAAGUAACAGGCACAGAAGGGGCAGUGUUUGGGCACUCUGUGGAGACACCCCAUAUCAGAGCAGAACCUUCCCAAGACCUCAAACUUGAGUCUCCAACUAGAUCUUUGAUAAUGGAAGCUCCCAGGGGAGUACAAGUUAGUGCAGCUGCAGGAGAUUUAAAGGCAACGUGUAGGAAAGAACUGCACUUGCAGUCCACGGAAGGGGAGAUAUUUUUAAAUGCAGAUAUAAUCCGACUGGGAAAUCUACCAAUGGGUUCCUUUUCAUCUUCCCCAUCUAGUUCCUCAACUCCUCGACAGACUAUCUAUGAGCUCUGCGUUUGUCCCAAUGGUAAACUGUAUCUUUCCCCGGCAGGAGCAGGCUCUACUUGUCAAUCCACUAGCAACAUCUGUUUGUGGAGCUGAAAUGACUCCGGUUUCUCCUCACACCAGAAUAGCCUUUUGUUACUGUCCCUCUGCUUCACAGUUCUGCUCGGUUUCCCUUAUGACAAGUCUGAAGCUUCAAAUGGCCUGCAGAGCAACUUCUUCCAGUGUAAGCAGGAAUACAACGCUGCCUUCUCUUGUGGCUCAUGUUACCACUCAACGUAGAGAUGGGAGUGAGAUAUUCAAAAAUAAAUGUAAUCUUCAUGAGGAAACCUGGAUCAUAAUAUCAUCUUUUGUCCAAAAGGGAGAAUAACACAGGUGCCUUUGCUACGUGAAGUGAAGCACAUAGUUUUAGUUUUAUGCAGGACCUGGAUAUGAACUGCACACAUAUAUACAGUACUUAUACAAAUUUGCCCAGAAUCCAAUCGUGAGAUGAAUAGGUAACCCCUGUAUGAUAAUUAACUUUACUGUCUGAAAGCACAAUUUUCCAUUCAUCUUUUUGGAUGUACACUUUUAUCCCUGAAUUUUAAAAUUUUGAAGCAUUGUGUGAUGCUUGCUUUACUAAACAAUUAAAAUUCAGUACAUGGUUUUUAACAAAAAAAAAAAAAAAAAGACAGAAUCCCUCUGAGUUUUGUUUCUUUAAAACAAAUGUGUUGUUACUCUGUCUUCUAAGUCUAGGGUUUUGUAUGUUUAGGUAAAUUUUGCAAGCACUCAGCAAUAUUAAAUUUCCAGAGUUCAAAACACAUCAACUCUUGUUUUGUCAGAUCUGAAUAGCCUUACACAGUUAUUAGUGGGUUAUUGCACAUGAAGUGAUUGCUUUAAGUAAAACAUUCAGUUCUGGAAAAGAACAGGAUAAAGAGGGAAAUACUGAUGAUAUGAAACUGUCUGAUCAAAUAGGUAUUUUUCAGAAGACCUUUAUGAUUGGCAAAAAAAAGACACACUCUUCAAAGGUAUAUCUUGUCCAUUUUAUAGCAUUUAUAGCUUGUCUAUCCGCUGCCAUUUGAACAUAAUACAAACACAUAAUACUAAUGUAGUGCAUAACACCAAGAAGCAAUUCCAUUACAACUGGAAUGGCGCCCUCAGAUUUAUUAUCCUUUUUUCUUUUGUCAUCUGCUAUUAAGGUUUUUAAAGUGAUAGCAUUAAAAAUCCAUGAGCAAAUAUGAAAUGACAUAGAAUAUUAACAAGUACAUUGACAUUGUGUUGACUCCACCAGGUCUGUGUUUAGAUAAAGCUAUCAUAGUUCCCCUCAGCUUUCCAUAGUAACUCUCUUUUUGACUAGCUGACCUGGGAACUUAGUUCUGUUCCAUUUUUCAUUACCUUUUUUUUUUUUUUUUUAGUAAUUGAGCUCCUGCAAAAGACACUUUGGUAUGUUGUUGAUAAAUUUGUCUCACUGCUGCUUAACAAGAGUAUCUUGAAACUUGCAGAAUCCAGGAAUGUAAAACAGAUAAAAAAUGUUUCCUAUUGUGGGAAGAUGACUUGAUAACAAUAAGGUAAGUGUGCUUUUAAAUAUUAUCUUUUCAGUUAUCCCACCCAGCUCAUAGUUUUAGCUGUGUCUAACUAUAAGAACACCAAUGCAAUGACUAGCUCUCAAAUUAACUCUGAAGUCAGGGAAAGUAGUAUUAGAGGGGUAGAAAAUAAAAAGUGAAACUUGGCAACCAUAAAAAUGUGAUUAAUUUUCUAUUUUAGUGUCAUCUAUAGGGUUUAUUUUGUUCACUACAGGUGACAUUCACCCUUAUGCAGAAGACCAGCACAAGGUCUGUACACUGCUUCACAGGUACUUGGCCUUGUUCUAGUCUUAUGUGUAGGGAUGAAUUACACUGAAAAGGAAGAACUAUCCCCUCUGCUACUACAUAGUCAAACAAGGAUUUUAAAUAGACUACUUCAUUUGCUCAGAUUUCUUCAGCUGUUAACUAUUGAGUUAAAGUAUUUGUUUUGAGACUUUAAUUCCUUGUCUUUAAUAAAGAAAAAUAUUUCUGUUAUUAGUCAUUUGUUUUCCUUUUUCUAUAAGCUCAUUCUCUGCAAUACAAGAAAUAAAGAAUUGUAGCAUUGCAAGAAAACUGUAGGAACUGUUAAUGUAUACUUGACCUUCAAACGACCUUAUGAGGAAAGAGAUCUUUCAUUUGGGCACAUAGGUAACAGAAUGUAUGUGUAAAACUCAUCAGGACAAAUGAUAUUCCAGGGAGAGGAGGACACCACUGAAUGAGUGUGUGUGUCUGAGCUCAUACAUUCCAUCACCUGUGCCCAAGUGUGUAUGCUGGUAAUUUAAAAGAUGGGCAAAAAUUGCAGAGAAUCAUUGAUUCAGUGAAUUUAACCUUUUGUGCUGUUCUCAAAGUAUUUGUGAACAGACUGAAUAUUUCUUUGCUGUUUAAAGUGCAUUGCAGAAUGUUUGUGCAAACAAUGUCAGCCUGUGGGAACGGCUUGCAAUAGUUUGCUGAGUAUUCCCUUGAGUAUUCUCCAUUCAUGUUAUUUGAACUGUAUGACUGGUCACCUGAAUCAUAUGGUAGAGUUUUGGUUCCCUGUCUGAAUGACCUAACUUGUAUAAACUAUUCUACUUCUGCGUGAACUGAAAUUCAUUACAUUGCAAAAACAAAUUGAAUUAUGUGAUGAGAUUAAUUUUGGCUACAAGACUGAAUUCAUUUUCCACUAGCAUUUGUAUGUUCAGUGUUGCCAACUCUUGCCAAUGUUAAUGUGAGUCUUGUGAAAUUGGACAUUUUACUUAAAACCCCAGCUCCUGGAAACAAGUGAAUAUGUAAGAAUCUCAGCAUUAAUUUUAAAAAAAAGUAAGUUUCUAGCUCUCAAGGUUAUAGAGAAAAGCUUAAAAAUGUGACCCUUUUUUUUUUUUUUAAAGGCAGAAGGAAAAUAACAAGAAUGGCUUACAUUUUUUUUCCUAUCUCAUGAUUUUUGUGGCCUGACUCAUGAAUUUUGAAUGUUUGGAGUUGGCAGUACUGAAAACCUUAUUUACAAGUUCCUAAAAUGCUUUAAAUUGUUUCUCCCUGUUUCCCAGUUCAACUGGUGAUAAUGCUAAAAAAAAAAUGCAAAGUUGCACAUACCCAUGUAUUUAGUUUUCGAUGAAGGGCAAGUGGAUGCUCUCAGCAAAUAGAUCACACACAAACAGGGAGUGAUAUCACUACAUUUCAACUAUUGAUUUUAUGAAGUUGAGGUGUAAACUAAAGGAGUCCACAUGUUCAAAACCGAAGGAUGUUUUUUAUUGCUGUCCUUGCCACCUGUCACCUUGCUGCCUUGCCUAGUCUCUUGGUGUCUUAAAUGUUUUUAUGGCCAUUUAUACUAGCUACCAUUCUGCUCAUGAUAAAGCAACUGCAACCCUUUACCCAAUUAGUUUGCUUGACUGGCUGAAUGUUCCGAUACCCCUCUUUAGAAAAGGUAUGCGCCUUCUUGUCAUGGCUAAGGCAACACCUUCCCAAUUUCCAGGUCAUUGCAUUGUGACGGAUGUAGGGCAGGGGUGAGAGUCCCAAAAGCAUUUUUAAACCUUUUUUCUUUUAAAUUAGUAAAUGUCCAAUUUGGAAAAUAAUACCUGGGGCUAAAAAAAAAUCCUCUAAGGUGCUUUAUAAUAUAUGAAUACAUGUAUCACAUACUGCCUCUUUUUAUUAGCCUGUUAGCUUGGGCACUACUGAAGUGGUUUUAUAGUUGGCUGACCCCCUCAGAAUUGCUCAUAUGGCCACAAUGAAAUAUAAAAAAGACCUUGUUAGCUACAUGUAUUAAUAUAUAUUAUAGUAUAAUAUGUUGUAAAAAUGUCCCUGUUAUAAUAGAAAA